AUGUAAAUCCAAGACUACUUGUGUUACGAUUGCUGGAAGAACUGCUAGUUUUGCGCCGGUUCACGUGCAAGAAUUUCAGGAGGGAUUAAAUGUCAGUCUGAAGGAAGAGAGGGAAAUGUCCCUUCGCCAUAGCUGCUUCAAUAAAUACAUGAAUGGUCACGGUGCCGAUAGUGCAGAAGCAUCCACAUCUACUGCCUCAAAACUCACGAGAUCCAAGAAAUCAUGGCACAAAGUAGCAAUUGCUCCAAACGGUUAGAUAAUUCCUCAGGGCAGACGGAAAAACCCAAACGUAGACGUGAGGAACCUCAAGGACAAGAAAAUUCGGUACAUAAAAAAGAAACAAUUCCUUCUGGAGGAAUUUACCAGGAAGUUUCUCCACAACAAGGUCACAAUGGUUACAAUGAUCAUCUGCAAAAUAGUUACAAUGAGCAAUGUCAGCACGGAGGUAACUCUGCGGGAUGUCCUCCCACAGGCAAGACCUGUUACCAAGAAAGUAAUCCCACUAAUCAUUUCAUCGAAAGCCAGCCCGUGGGAUGUAACCAGGACGUAAAUUACCCGAGAUAUGGCUGCAGGGAUAAUCAGCAGAAAAUGCCGGUUCAGGCCACGCAACAGAUUCAGUUAAUACGCCCAUUGCAAGGUAACUAA